AUGGCGUCCCACCAGCUGGCUAUCGCAAAAGCCUCGUUCUCAGCCGGCCUACUACGUCCCGACCCCACCUCCGUCUCGCGCGACGAAAUCACAGCCUUCCACUCCGCGCUCGACCAAGCGCUGUCGCAUUGUUCCUAUGCCAACAUCCAGAAUUGCAAGUCAUGGCUUCUCAGCUAUGUCGUUUCGUCUUCCAAUCGCGUUGGGGUUUGGGCCAAAUACCUGGUCGCUUUAUCCGGCUCGCUCGCUACCGAUGACGGCAAGCCGUCCAAAACCUCGAACAAGAGGAAAAGAUUACAUAUCCUCUACCUCCUCAACGACCUCUUCCACCAUACUAAGUAUCACUUGGAUUUGACGGCGGCUUUCUCGACCUUGACAGGCUCCUGCCAGCCGUAUAUCGUUGAAUUGUUGGGUUACGCUGCGUCGUACGAUCAGGAGCAGAAUCCUAAACAUCACCGACGACUCGAUGAUCUUCUGGAUAUUUGGGCAGAAAAUGGGUAUUACGGUGCAGACUAUGUCAACAAGCUGCGGGAGGUGGUGAAGAACUCGGCUGUGUCCGGUCCGGUCAAGACGUCCAUUGACGUGGGGGAAAAUAAUACCCAUACAGCGAACCAGAAGCUCUCCGGGAAAGAGGUACCAUUCGUCAUGCCGUCGACACACGGCGAUCCUACCACUCCGUAUUACGACCUACCUGCCGGCAACUUGGUUCCGCACAUUAUACCGAACUCGACAGUUCCUCUCCGGCCCGAUUCUAUCAAACCACUUCAAUUCCUGGCAGGUCCCGCAGACGAGAAAUUGGUGACAGCACUCAAGGUGUUUAUGAAGGAGGUAGACCAGAUAUAUGAGUUAGAGAAACCAGCACCCAAGGACGACGAUGAAGUGGUCGACAUUGACGAGCUGGGGCAAACGGUAAUUCGAGAUGCGACAACUGGCGAAAUAAUUGACGGUGAAACAUACUACGGCUGGUCCCGAUCAUUCUGUGAGCAGAUGAAGAAGAGAAACACCAAGGACACAAGACGUUCCCGAAGUCGAAGUCGGAGUUGGAGUCGGAGUCUCAGCCGGAGCCAGACCCCUCCGAAACGAAGACGCUAUAGCAAUAGCCCAGAGAGCAGUGACGGUCGACGACGGCGACGGUCCCCCGGAUCUGAGAGUCGGUCGCCUGUUGGCCGACGAAGCGGACUUGGCAACGAACGGUCAUACUCGCGAUCAGCAAGCCCGGCAGCAAGACGCCAAUCGCGGUCACGCGAGAGAUCCUAUUCUCCACCGCCACCUACCACUUCUCGAUCAUCAUUCCCUCCGCCUUUCAAACGCAAACAGUUUCCCAGCGCAGCUCCGCCUCCGCCACCUCCGAUGCACCAACACGGUUUCCCACCAGGUGGCCCAUUCCCAGGCCCGGGAAUGCCGCUCCCUACUCCUCCACCAAACUACCAAGGCGCAUGGCCUCCCCCGCCUCCGCCAAUGCCAGGAGUGCCGGGGAUGAUGCCGAAUCCCGCGUUUCCAUCACCAUUCCCAUUGCAAGGGGGUGGACAUUUUCCGCCUGUUCACAUGGGAGGUGGAGCGCCUGGUGCUCCGGUGUCGCUGCCGCCGGGGUCUUAUCAUUUUCCGCCGCCGCACUCGGGGGCGGGUUCGAAUCCGGGGUAUCAGAAUCAACAGGGAUGGGGACAGCAGGGUGGUGCUGCUGGUCGUGGUGGUGGACGUGGAUGGCGGUGA